AUCCUCUUUACACUCUGUAUUGCCGCAUAUUUACCUCCUUGGACAGUUUGUCCUAUCCUCGUAAAAUAUCUUGGGACUCUUGGAUAAUGCCGUCGAAUGGCCUCAAUGGCCGCCCUGGGAAUGGACGAUUCGCUGAUCGCACCGGGUUCAUAGGAUCAGUAGCCAGGUUCUGGGAGAAAACCUAUGCGCCAGACUAUGUGGGGUUUGCGCUGCUGCUGACCGCAUAUCUGAUCGUCCAACUCCUCGUGGAACCCUUCCAUCGAAUGUUCUUCCUCAAUAACCACAAUAUCCAAUAUCCCUAUGCAGUGGUGGAGCGGGUGUCCGUGGGCUGGAAUAUCACCUAUGCGGGUGCGAUCCCAUUGAUCAUUUUGAUUAUUUGGCUUGCUGUCUCGAGGGCAGCAGUACACAAAUUCCAUGUUACGGUUCUCGGGUUCUUCAUAACGCUGAUCCUAACAUCCUUCAUCACCGACGUUAUCAAGAAUGCUGUAGGAAGACCCCGCCCUGAUUUACUAUCCCGUUGCAAGCCUGCUCCCGGUACCCCGAAGGACGUACUGGUCAACAUCGAAGUAUGCACACAGACAAAUCCUCACGUCCUACAGGAGGGAUGGAGGAGCUUUCCAUCAGGACAUUCGAGUUUUGCGUUUAGUGGUCUAGGGUUCCUCUCCUUGUUCUUCUGUGGACAGAUGCACGUUUUUAGACCGAGAACGGACCUUGGUAGGGCAUUACUUGCACUUGUGCCCCUUCUCGUUGCCGCGUUGAUUGCGGUGAGCAGGUGUGAAGACUACCGGCACGAUGUCUACGAUGUAACCUGUGGAGCGAUUCUUGGCAUGGGUGUUACAUAUUUCUCGUAUAGGCGAUACUACCCUCGAUUGAAUUCACCAAGGUGCCACGAGCCGUUCCCUUCGAGAGAGUCGAGCUUCAAUGACGGCUUUGGAAAGGUUAGAGAUGACGAGGAAGCAGCAGCAGGAAGCGCGGGGAAUUUUGAAUUAGACGAUAGCGACGCAGGUGCUUAAGAAUGCCCACGACCUAGAUAUGAGAAAUGACAGCCCUUUACGACCUGGCCU